AUGGGUGACAACCAAGUCGACUAUUUCGAUAUCCCGAACUUCAUCUUCCAGGAUGGGACAAACGUGCCUAAUGUCCGCCUGGCAUAUCAAGUCAUCAACCCCAGCGCAUCAAAAGUUGCGCUCAUUCCGACCUGUUUCCGGGGCCGCAUCAACUCAACCCUGACAUUCUCCCAUGGCGCCCUACACGACCACCGUAUUAUCGUCGUCGCGCUAUUUGGAAACGGGGAAUCGUCAAGUCCGUCAAACACACCCGCUUUUGCAGGAUCAAUCGACUAUUGUGAUUGUGUUCGCGCCCAAUACCAGCUCCUCCAGCAUCUGGGUAUACCAGCCAUCGAUGCGAUUGUCGGUUUCUCCAUGGGCGGACAAUGCGCCUAUCACUGGAUCGUGAUGUUCCCCGAUUUUGUCAAGAACGCCGUCAUCAUCUGCUCCUCUGCUCGAACCAGUCUUCACAACUACCAGUUCUUGGAAGGCCCGAAAGCCGCGCUUGGAAAUUCAGUUGAUUACGUGGACGGGACGUACAAGAUUCAGGGGGUCCAGCCACGGCGCGGGUUGCGAGCGUUUGGUAAAGCCUACUCUGCCUGGCUGACCAGCGCUGCUUGGUUCGAAGAGCAAUUGUUUAGGACUAUGGGGUACGACAGUCUGCAGGAGUGGGACUCCGCCGUGACGGAUAAGAACUACGAGGGCUGGGAUGCGGAGGACCUUCUCAUCAUGCUUCGGAUGUGGCAGCAUUCUGAUCUCGAUUCGGGAUACCCUCGCGACUAUCAAGGCGAGGGUACUAUUGAUGCCCUGCGAAACGGACCAGUAUUUUGA